AACGUCAUCUGGGAGCGCCGGAAAGAAAGCGCACUUGUGUAGCUGAUGUUGAACUGAUCUGUGAUCGGCUGUGAUCGCUUGGCUUCUUCUGUUGUUGGCUUGUUUGGAUGUUUUUAUAGAAAGCGCAUAUCAGGCAUCGCAAAAUUUUGCGCACAUUACCCUGACGCGCGUAACUGUCCGGACAACAUUGUGAAUAUUAAAUCAACACAUUUUCCGACGACAUGGAUUCCGCUAAUCAAGACAUUAAUUUAAACUCUCCACAUAAAGGCCUGGGCCCUGACACUCUCUCUGAUCUGCCAGAGGAGAGGGGAGCCGUGGCUUUGGGUCCAGAAAAUCUCCCCCCAGGACUAACAGAGGAGGAGGCGGAGGAACUGAGGUUGGAGCUCACCAAGGUGGAGGAAGAGAUCUACACCUUGCGGCAGGUGCUGUCAGCCAAAGAGCGUCACGCAUCUGAGCUGAAGCGCAAACUGGGUCUCAGCCCCUUGAGCGAGCUUAAACAGAACAUCACGAAAAGCUGGCAGGACGUCCAGACCUCAAACGCAUAUCUUUCAGCUUCCUCCACUCUGGAUGACAUUGCCAACUCUGAAGUGUAUAAAAAGACUCAGGAAACACUGUCUAGCGCUGGACAGAAGACCUCUGCCGCCCUCUCCACCGUGGGCACGGCCAUCAGCAGGAAACUGGGUGACAUGAGAGCUUUGCCUUUCUCUAACUCCUUUGGUAGCAACUACUCCAUUCGCCAUUCAAUAAGUAUGCCGGCUAUGAGGAACUCUCCAACUUUCAAGACUUUUGAGGACAAAGUGGAAAACAUCAAGUAUAAAGUGGUUGGAGGAAGAUCCAACGGUGAAAGCGCCCACUCUCCGAACGAGUCAAACCCAGUGCAGGACAACGCUCCAUUCUGAGAGCCCACCCUCUUGACUUAAACACUCAUCUCAUUCAUUCGUGAAUCUUGACUCCACACACGCUUUGGUUCUCCCAGACCUCGCCCUUUCUCUCUGAAUUAUGUUAUCCCCCUCUUACUGAUGUCUUCGAUACCCCUCCAUCUACUGCUAGCAUGUGCUUGAAUCAUCUCCUAAUUAAAACCGUGCAGAUUCUGUGACAUGAAAUCAUCGCAGGUUGUACAAAAAGAAAUCAUUUUGUAUUAGAAACUAUUUUACACUGCUUUGCAUAAUGUUUUUACAUAACUUCUAUCUAUAUAUGAAUAAUAAAGGUAUAUAAAUAAUUAUAUUUAAACAGUACUGCCAAGCAGCAUUCGUCAGAUGGUAGAAGGGUUAAAAUAAACACAUUUAAAUCUGAAGGGGGUAGGAUAAAAGACAAAAAGCAACAUGCUGCAAGUUUCUAUGCUGCUGAGCAUCCAUGGAGUUAUUUUUUACUCUCAGCACAACAUGAAGCGAUGCUUUGCUGUACACUCUGUGAAUGUCUGACCUCUCAGUCGGCCUUAUACACGCUGUAGUCUCACGCGAUAUUCCUUACGUAUUUUUGUUUCUGGUAACAAUGUAUUCCCCUAUAUCUUUUUUGUUUUACCUUUGCUCUUUCUCUGUCUUGUUCAGUUGAAUAUUUGGAUUGUUGGGAAUGUUUUACAACAGAAGUUGCUUUCCUUUGCUUUGUGCCAUUCCAGUUAAGAGAUGUCAUAGACCUUUUGCUGUCAAAUGUAACACAAGUGUCACUUUUUCAAUUAUAGGACAUUAAAGCAACUUUGACCCAGAAUGUUCAAAGCCGAGUAAGGCCUGCCGUGUCAACCUUCUUAUUGUUAGCGUUGAUUUUUUUUUCCCAGAGAGAGGUGAACACUAAUGUAGUCUUGUGUAGCACAGUCACUUUUUACCCGAAAGAUAUUGGAAUACAUUUCACUUUAAACAAAUAUAUUAUUAUUAUUAGUCUGUUUUCCUUUUUUUUAUUUUACAUUAUAUUCAUGUGUGUCACCGGGUGGCCUUGUUUCCGGUAUGUUACACAGUAAUGAUUACAUGCUUGUUUGGGUAAGAUGCAAGCGAUUUGGCUGAUGUACAUGUGACUAGUAUACUGCCAUGGCUACUCUGACUUUCUACGGGAAAAAAGGAACAGGGUGGAUACACCUGUAGUACUGCCAACAAAGAAAUGACAGGAAGGAAAUGAACAUUAUGAGAGAAAGGACAUUAUUUUUCGUUUUAAGUAGUAUACAUACAUCAUUAGAGGAGGUGGUUGUCUAGGGAAUGAGCACCAUAUAGCUUUAAGUUAGAAAUCUUAGGCUUUGAUUGUUUUCUUUAAAAAAAAACAACAACAAUGGUGUAAUACUUAUCAUUUUGUUUGUAUAUCAAUAAAGCGUUCCUUCAAAUGA